CAGAUCAUAAAAAACUUCUGCAAGCUGGAAACGUUUUCGUGACUUGACGAACUGAAAUUGUAUUGCAACCAACAGUGAAAGCGUAUGGUCGUGGGUUAGGCAAGGUGCGGAGUAUCAGUCAUGACCGAUACACUCAAAGAAGGAACGUAGGGAGCAGUGUAGUGGGAGGAACGAAAAUCUAAUGAAUGCCAGGAGCUUGAUUUCUUAAAAAAUAUGGUGACUUUACAAGUGUAUUCUCUGUAGAAAUAUAAUGAUAUUGUUCAUGCAAUAUGAUGUACUAAACGAAUUUUUCUUUCUUGUUCUGGAAAAAGACCACGCUCAAGCAAAUAUUUGAUUAUCUCAUCAUCACACAUUGCCGACUCCCGUGAUUGGCUGACUCAGUCAAAAGCGUGUUGCGCCGAAUAUACGCCGGAAGUAAGGUAGCACGGGGGCUGUGUAAAGGAGCCGCGUGAGUACUUACUGGAGAAGGAGCCCGUGGGUUGCUCUUUCGGUGAGUAAUCGCAGGAGCAAUCUGGAGCGAAGAAAUCACGAAUAAUUUUAACCUUGGUACACCCCGACUUGCGGAAUAUCGCAAAUAUUUCAUCUGGUUCAAGGACGUAUUACUCGCAGCGUUGCUGUACAACUAGCCCAAAAUGCAGCAAAAUCGAGUUUUCGUUACAAAAAUCGCCUCCGAACUAAAGGAGGACGACAUUCGGCAGUAUUUCGAGGGAUUUGGCAGAGUAUGCGACUUUUACAUGCCUAUGACCAAUGGAGCGCAGCAUAAGGGUAAGAAAACUUCUCUCCACAUUUUAUUUCUAUUUUACAGAGCUUGAGGUCCGUCUACCCGCCUAUUUUUUUAGAGUCUACUUGUUAACUAAUUCAUUACAGUUGUUUCAUUCGCUGCUUGCAUCACCAUCCAUAUCAAAAUCUUAUUAUUUCGUUUUUGACAUUUGGGUUGUAUAAGCAUAAUCAAAUCGUGACGUCUAACAUAAGAGUACUUGUUAGUCGUUACCACCGAAAACGUUCUCAAAAUAUGUAUAGUUCCUAGGUAAAAGAGUACAACGGUAGGACGGAAAAGGCAAAAUCGAUUUGAAUGAUUCUGUGUCAAAAAACGCACCUAACUUACCUUUGUAGUGAAGCCGUGCCUUGAAAACGAAAUAUGCCUCAUAGUUUGACAACGUCAAACGCAGAUCUGAUAUAUAAAGACACAAAAACUACAAAAACCGAUGCAAAAUUGGUAAAAAAGGUUUAUCCACCGAUUAGAAUAUUCCAGAAUGAAAAUUGGAUAUUUUGUCGUUCCCUCGUUGAGUCGUCGUAGAGAUCAUCGCGGAGCGGUGAGCGGGAGACACGGGAGACUGAGAACUAGAAAAAAUAGAGUACAAAAGCAGAGCACAAAGAGUACAAGUUGAGGCGAGAGCUCGUUGAGGGGAGCGUGUCGACAAGUAGCUCCCUGUAAGAUCUCGACGACUUCUAUCGGAUAUUGCAAGCUGUAGCGCAGAAAAGAUGCAAGUACGAGAGGCACAAAAAUUGUGAUGGACAUGUUUUUUGUAAACGAGGAGGUCGCGAUUGUGGAUCCGCUAGCGCGUGUUUGAGAUGGACGAGUUAUGACGCGGAUAUUUUGAUCCCUUACUUCGCUCCUUCCUUUUUCUCUGCCCGCUCCUUCUUUCCGCCCUCUCUUCUAAUUUCUAUUUUCGUCUCACUCUUGAUAUUCUCUUCCCACCUUCUUGUGCCAUGACGGCAGUCCCUGGCAGAGCUCUUUUCAUGCCUAGUGUCGUAGACUAAUUCGCUAUCCGAAUUCUUUCAAUUACAAUCUGCUUCUACUUCCUACUCCUUUCGGUAUCUAUUGGCUGAGACAGAGAUCGUGAUCGACGAGUUGAUCGUUUUGUAAAGAACUCGAGUCGAUCUGUCAGGAGUUACGUCACCCAACGAGCAGUACGAGGGGGUAAAUUGGGCCACCGCGAAAAUUGAUCGGAGUUUUCUGUUAGAGAUCUUUCCAGUAACUGAUGGAGAUGACAAGAUCGUGAUUUACAAGGAAGAAAGAGAACCGAAUUCUGAUGGAGUUGAACGAGAAUUUCGUUGAAACAAUGAAUUUUCGUGAAGGUCGUGGUCGCGCGUAUCGAGAAACGAGAAAUACUACUGUGAUGCUAUCUAUUUUUCUGAUCUGUUGUCUGAAUGCAUGCACGUCAACAUCAUAAAACUUCUGGACCCUAUCUUCUAGGAAUGAGAAAUCCCUAGGAAAAUUAAGAUCAUGUUUGAAUUCAUGCUUCUUGAUCAUGGUGCGUAUUAGCUUGCGGUCAAUUGCGAAUCUUCCCGCGGCCGGGAGUUGCUGUCAUCCCGACAAAAAGUAGUCCUUUCGCCUUCCCGUAUUGCAAAAACUAACUAGUACUCGCUCUGUUCUUGGCUUGUUCUUUUGUCGUGGUGCUUCCUGCCGCUGCCACUGUUUCGAGGAAAGAGAGGAGACUCCUCUAAGAUUCGAGAUCGUUUGUCCAGCAGCUGUGCUUGGAGGAGUGUACAACGGCGAGUACAUUUUGAAGGUGAACUACGGCUGACGUCCAAGCAUUGUCUAACAACCGUCCACUCGUGAUAAUCUGCCUGGCUGUGCAUUUUCGGAAGCAGACAAGUUGGCGUUGUGUCCACACGACGUUUUUGAUCUUCGGGACUUUUUGUUUGCGACUCAACUAGUACAGUCGCAACAAACGACUAGCAACCCAUUCAGCUACCACUUCUGCCUCUUCAAAAGUAGCAGCAUCUUCUUCCAGGCAAGCAUAAUAACUAGACUUGCAUCGUAAAAGGUUAGCAGUACAAAACAUCUUCAACAUCUUUUUCAGUAGCACAAGCGUCUCACGUGUCUCUCCUCCCGCUGCGUGUCUCGGCGGCCUUCCCUUUUUAUUACCCACAACCGGACCCGGCAUAUCACACUCACAACUAGUAGUUUGAGAAGACGUGGUGCCAUCAUCACAUAAGUAACCGGCCUCCACGUAGAAUUCGUUUGUCACCAAAACGAAUUCAGCCCUGAAAAAACACCUGUUGGAAAUAGGUAUGGCAUUUCUGUCCUUCGAAGAAGCAGUCGAUAAAGAAUUGAUUUUGCAGAACGCACCGCAUCAAAUCCUCGGUUACGAAGUCGUAGUAGACGAUGCGAAGCCAAUGAACUCAAAAAGUGAAUCAUCGCGAUCUGAAGGUUACGGCGCCGAUCCGUACGGAAGCUGGUGGGGUACUUCACCUAAGUACGCUCCCCCCAGCUGGUGGGGUAACACUACGACAUCAUAAUAACAACUAGAGGACCAACUCCUCUGUUUGUACUUGCGAUGACCAUGAUGGACAUGAUGAAUGUUAGCUGUAGAAACGCCAGGACACCGAUUAGACUACACAAAGUUUUACAAAUGAAGUGUGCUCAAGUUGCUUAGCAUUAAAAAUUUCAAGUAUGCAUCAUUUUUUUACAUCAGGCCAAAAUCUCCUUAGAAAUUGACACUUUUCUCAAUAUUCAGACGAUCCCUGGCUCAUGAAGGGUUGGGGAGGAGGAAAGGGUGGCGGCGGCCACUCUAGUAGCGCCUCGCACGAGAGUGACGGCGGUGGCGGCAGUGGCAGAGUAUCAAACCGGGUAUUAACUCCUGAUAUCGCGCAUUUUUUAUUUUACUUUCAUCAACACGAAACUCAAAUGGUCACUUGUGGAAGACCAAAGGUGUCCCUCGUGUAUAGUUUUCUGUUAUGAGCUUUCUUUCAAAGCAUCAAUAUUUUUACCUUUAAGAACUUUCUUGACCACUAUGAUUGCAAAUCCACCUAUCUAUCAUGAUUUGGAUGCCUCUAUCAGGUUUUUGUAACUCGAAUCUCUGAAGAACUUACGAAGGAGGAUCUCGAAGCUUACUUCUGCCAGUUCGGUGAGCUCACAGAUAUCUUUGUACCCCUGAAAAAUCCAAACAGCGACGCAAAAGACCAAGCCCACAAAGGUAGUUCUCAACUACUGUAGUCUGCUUCUCAACUACUGUAGUGUUAGUUGUGGUCGUUAAUACCGUAAUUCGAGUUUCGACAAUCUUUAAUCUUCAUUUUCCAACCAUUUUCUUUUCUCGGUAGAAGCAGAAUUUUUAUUUGCCACAGGGUGUUAUUUUGGUCACAUUCGCAACCAGUGAAAUUUCAGGUAUUGCAUUUGUGUCCUUCAAGGACAAAGAUACCUACGAGGAGGUCUUGUCACGAGAUAAAUAUGAAAUUAAGCCGAAUGUCUUUAUCGUGGUGGACAAGGCAGCGGGCAAGGAACCUCGAUACGGCGGAGGUAUUUUCUAAUUUUAGAAGUAUUUUUUCCUGCUUCAGUCGAUUACGCUCCUCCAGAGCAUGAAAAAUUUACAUAAGACUACAAGAAGUUCCGCUCUAGGCUGCCUUUUGAUAAAUCACAAGAAAACUUAUCUCAGGUAAAGGCGGAAAAGGCAAGUCAUCUCCGUGGGGUAUGAUGAAAGGAAAGGGAAAAUUUGGCGGCAAGUGGGGCGACUAUUGGGGUACUUGGGGUAACCCUUUAUAUUCUUUUUGGUUUUACUAGUACUACUUGAGUAUGGCAGACUCAUUCUUAUUCGCAAGUCGUUUUUUCUCCGCUCUUGAUUCCUCCUGUAGUAAACUGCUCAAUUCUGUAAACUUGUUUUGCAACCUAUCAUCAAUUUCGCUUGUUUUUAGUGUCUUUCCACUUCUAAAAUUACAGAUGACUGGGACUGGUGGUCAUCGUGGGGCCCACCACGCGGUAUGAUGGAACGCGGAGGAAAAGGAAUGAUGGACAGAUGGGGUCCCUACUAGAGCGCGUUUAUCCGUAAUGUCGAGUGGAAGAACAAUGCUAGUAGUACAAGAAUAGCAAAACAAACAAAACGGAUGUAAUUUUCGUGUAACAACAACAGUAUCCCACGAUGUUCAUAUUAGUCAUAACCUUCUUAUAUCUUCGUGAAACCUAUCUCAAAUUUUCAAUCUACGACAAUACACGUCUUAUGUGAAAAAAUAUCGAACUUCACAGCAUAAAAUUCAAUUGUAAAAAUAAGUCCAGUUCAAAGAUUAAGUUUUCCUUAUCCGAUGAAGUUCAAGUUGUCUCAGAUUUUCGGAUGAACUAGAUGAUCGAUAUUACUCAGAACUACUACUCAACAAAGGGGUAAUUUUAUGUCGCAGUUUUGAUUACGCAUGGAAGUAGUAGGAUGAAAGCGUUGAAGCAGAGCACACAGACGAGGAGUCUCUUGUUUUUGGUGGCGCCGUUACCAACGACAAGAGCUUCCCCUAGGAGCAAAUGGAGGAGGUUCCUGCUAUUAUUACACAACCAUAGUUUUUUAAGCCGCUUCGCCGUGUCUGACUUGACUCGAAAUCUAGCAAACCACGAUCUAGAUGUUUGAUAUAGUAUCGUUGAAUUGCCGCACAGGUGCAUUAUGUACCACAGCUUUAUAACGUUGUCCGAGAGCAGCUCGGGCACAGUAAACUUUUGUUAACGUAGCUUGUUGGCAAGAUGGAGGUUAUUCGAAUGAAGGUGAAUCAAGUAAGUAGGAUUUUGCGACAAAGCCGCCUCUGGCUCGUCCUUUCAUUAAGUGUGUAGAUGAGAGCUCGGGGGCUCCUUCAGGUCUAGGUGUUCUGAUAAGGGGGAGGCAUAUGCUAGCAUAUUAUACUUCCUUGGCGGAAAUCAGUGUAUAAUCCUACUUACGGUGAUCUCCUUCGUCCCAUUGAUCCUUAUUCCUUCAGGUCACGUGCCUGUGGGUAAGGUAACGGCAUCUUUAGAAUAUCUUCAUCUCCUAACAGGACGAUAGUUUUUUUCCCCCUUAUUUUCACUUAGAGGCGUGCUGCAAAUCUUGAUUGGCUUUCACCUUUUAGGUGAAGGCUUAGGUCCCGCGACGCUCAAAGCACUAAGUAAAGCAACCGGUUAGUUUUCACCUCUAAAAAUCUACGUUUAUCCCGUGCAACAAUAUCUUCAUCGCCUUUCCUCGUUGGUAAGUUCAAAAGGUUUUCCUUCCAUGCUCAGCUUGUAGAAUAUUCUUGGCGUAGAGCGCACACGUAGAGCUGAUGUAGUAUGACAACAUUGAUAGGGAGAAGAACAUUGUGGCGCGGCCUCCAGGAGCUGCAUCGUCGCUAUAUCGUUCAUCGAUCUGAAUCUGAAUCGAUCUUCAUAUCGAAACUUUCCUAAAUUUACGAACUUCUAUGUAUCCGUAUCGUCACUCAUUUCGGAAGUGAGACCUGCGAAGAUAUGGGACAUCGAUAACGACGCCUCGUCCAUUCUAUUUAGAUAUCAUUCAACGACGCAGGACGACUCAAUCAAAGUCAUGGAUCAAUCUAGGACGCAGCACCAAUGUCAGAAUUUGAUUCAUAUUUUACCCUUGCUCGCCAUCAGUUCUACCCCGCUAUUGACCACACGCACUAUCUAGGGUAACAAGAAACAUGUUGAAUUGUUGAAUGGCUCGAAAUCGCUGGAAGAGCUAGAAGGAACGAAUUUUCCAUGGUCCACAAAGGGAUUUAUUAUGCUGCUGCUGCGCUGUGGAGUCGACUUCCGCCGAAGUCUGUAUUCUGGAGGUCCCUACACCAACCUCUUGUCAGGCAUAUCAAUCAAUCAAUCAAUCAACCUUGUACUUCCAACCAUUGUAGACCUGUGUGAGAUUAUAUGAGGUAAAACUAAUAUGUUGAUAUAAGUUAGUACAAUGUGGUCGCUUACGCGUUCGGAAUAGAAGCUAUUGAACCUCUUUCAACGCAGGUACCAAAAAAAAAGAUAGAGCACUGAGUGAAAGAAUGAAUGGAUCUUGUCAAGAGCGCUAUCCUAUGGUUUGCAUUUUGGACGUGGUGGC